AUGAUUGAAAACAUUCAUCUUGCACAAAAGCUUUUGAGACAAUACAAUCCAAAAGGAGUUUCCCCGAGAUGCCUUCUCAAAAUUGAUCUAAGGAAAGCAUAUGAUUCUGUGAAUUGGGAUUAUCUCAAAAACGUACUCAAAGGUUUGGAUUUUCCAGCUAAGUUUAUUGGUUGGAUUAUGAAAUGCAUUUCUACUCCUACUUACUCUAUUGUACUCAAUGGCGAUACCGAGAAUAGUGAUUUCAAUUAUCACCUUAAAUGUGGUCCGCUAAAGAUCACACAUCUAGCUUUUGCCGAUGACUUGAUGCUCUUUGCUAGGGGCGAUUUUAUGUCGGUUAGAAUUUUGAUGAAUUGCCUUUCUAAGUUCGAAGAUGUGUUAGGACUUAGAAUGAAUGCUAGCAAAUCUAGCAUGUUUACGACGAGUAUUCAUGGCAACGAUUUAGAGGGUAUUGAGGCAUUGACCAACAUUCCUAUAGGUUCUCUGUCGUUUCGAUAUUUGGGAAUUCCAAUUGCCGCUAGGAAAUUAAAAAUCAGCUCAUAUAAUGUGCUUUUUAAUAAAUUGUCGGCUUACAUUUGUGCAUGGACUAAAUCUUCACUCUCUUAUGUGGAUAGGAUGGAACUUGUUAGAGCUAUACUACAAGGUGUGGUGUGUUUUUGGCCUGAUUUUCUUUGA